CACAGGAUUUAAGAAAACAAACUCUUAUACUCACAUAAUAAUGCUCAUUUUAGAGUGAAAUAUGAAAACUUCGACUAGAUUAGACCCAUGGACAAGAAAAAACAAGAAUCCCUCUUUUCCUGCUGGAGAAGACAACCAACAGACAACCAAAACUUAGAAGAAAACGACAGAGUUGAUGAAAAUGUCGAAAACACGGACCUCCAACCUGAUAUUUUUAAUGACGACGACGAUGAUCUUUUCGCUGAGGCUUAUGACCAGAGUGUUAGUCUGGAUGGCGACUUGCUCAGGGAUGAUAGAGAACAAGCAAGUACGAGCACAAAGAUGCAAGAGUACAGACCUUUGGUACCGGAAAGCACACCAUUGGAGACCCUCCCAGGCUUUGACGUUGAAAAUGGACGCACUUGGAUUUAUCCUGUCAAUUACCCAAUUCGAUCAUACCAGUUCGAUAUUGUUGAAAAAGCACUGUACAAUAAUACCUUGGUCUGUCUUCCUACUGGUUUGGGCAAGACCUUUAUAGCUGCAGUGUUGAUGUACAAUUUUUAUCGAUGGUAUCCAAGAAGCAAGAUUAUAUUUAUGGCCCCAACAAAACCUCUUGUAGCCCAGCAGGUAGAAGCUUGUUUUAAUAUUGUGGGUAUGCCACAGAUAGAUACUUCCCAAAUGACAGGUUCAAUGGCACCAGCCUCAAGGAUACAGGAAUGGACUGAUAAAAGAGUCUUCUUCCUGACACCCCAAGUACUUACAAAUGACCUAUCUCGUGGCGCAUGCCCCGCAGACCAAAUAAAGUGCCUGGUGUUGGAUGAGGCCCACCGUGCACUUGGAAAUCAUGCGUAUUGCCAGGUCGUACGGGCAUUAAGAGAACAACGGUGUAAUUUUCGUAUAUUAGCAUUAUCUGCCACCCCUGGAACAGACGUCAGAUCUGUACAACAGGUCCUUCAAAAUCUCUUGAUAUCACACAUUGAGCUCCGAAAUGAAGAAAGCCCAGACAUUGCAGCUUAUAGCCACCAGCGGCAUAUAGAAAAAGUUGUCGUACCUUUAGGAGCAGAGCUGGCUAGUAUUCAGACAAGGUAUCAGAAUGUAUUACGAGUGUAUGUUAACAGGUUAAUAGACAUGAGGGUGCUGUAUACUCGCGAUGAGACCACGCUUUCAAAAUUCCAAAUAUUAAAGGCUCGUGAAGGCUUUCGUCAAAAUCCGCCAGACAACCUCCCUCGAGAUCGUUAUGGAGUUGCAGAGGGAAUGUUUGCCUUGUGCAUGACUCUGUAUCAUGCAUAUGAACUUCUCCUACAGCAUGGCAUCAGGUCUUUUUACAAUUUCCUGAAAGGAACUCUUGGAGGGGACAAGGGUCAUAGCAUGGCAAGAGGCGAACUUGCAGCUGUUACCUGCCAGGAAGAGGAUAUCUUUCUGAUGCCCGAUGGAAACCUUGAGAUCACUGUGACGUUAUAUAGCUCAGUAGAGAACAAUAAAGGCAUCUCUGAUUUUAUUCCAUUGCUUUGGCCUAUUGGCAGCCCACAGUUGUUAAAUGCAAAGUCAACUACGCCAUAUGUUGUCAGUCAUCCCAAAAUGGAAGAACUUCGCAAAAUUGUCAUAAAGCACCACCAGAAGUUUCUCGAUGAGGGGAAGUCUACUCGAGUGAUGGUAUUCUCCCAGUACAGAGACAGUGUACUGGAGAUCACAGAGAUGUUACAGCAUCAUUACCCUCUUGUUAAGGCUAUGAGCUUUGUCGGCCAAUCAACAGUAGCUCAUGGAGGAAGGGGAUUCACUCAAAAGGAACAGUUGAAGGUUGUGAAAGAGUUCAAAGAAGGAGGAUUUAACACUUUAACUUCAACGUGUGUAGGAGAAGAAGGCUUGGACAUUGGUGAAGUUGAUCUCAUCAUUUGCUAUGAUGCGCCCAAGUCUCCAAUCCGUCUGGUGCAGAGGAUUGGUCGCACAGGCAGGAAACGCGAGGGCCGUAUCAUCUUCCUAGUAACAAAGGGGAAAGAGGAACAGAUGUAUAACCAGAGUCAGUUACAGAAGAAAUACAUCAAUACGGCUCUAUCGGAUGGAGAAAAACUGAAAAGGUUUCUCUUUCCUUCAAAUGAUCGCAUGGUGCCAAGAGGUAUAAUGCCUGUAUGCCACAAGCUCCACAUGAAGAUUGGCACAUGGAAAACCAAGACAGGCAAGGACCGAAAAUCUGACAUAGGCUCAAAGUCCCUCUUAGGCUCAUUCCUAGAAAAAACAAAUAUGCCAAAGAAGAAACAACAAGGUAAAGUUGGUAUGCUAAGUCGGGAGGAAUGGCAGUGGUUAAGAGACAAUUUGUGGGUUCCGCCAGAAGAGGUGAAGACUGUAGCAAAGCCAGUAUUCAUGAGCUUGAAGAAACAGGACCAAGAAGUGAAGGAGGAAAUGUCCACAGUAAACUUUGGGAACUACCAACCCUGGCAGACCAUGCUGCAAAAGACACAUGUGCUUGGACACUCUGUGCAGUCACAGAAUCUGGUUCAGCUCACAGAAUUCAUCGACCUGCAGAUCAAUCUUGACCCAGAUGACGACCCCUAUAGUCUUGAGAUGCAGGCCUUUCUGGAUAUGAGCUACAUAGAAGAUAAAGAGACAAGAGCAGCAAAGGCAACAACAUCAAAGGACGAGCUACCAAAGAAGAGAUCGAAAAUAGCAAAAGGAGAGAAGAAAAAAAACACGAAAGCCAAGCAAACGAACCUCAUUACGGACAUGUUCAACAGCCAGAAAGCGAGGAAGAAUGCCGAGGAAUUGAAGUCCCAAACACACCAAGAUCUCGAGGACUUUGACGUCUUGUCCGAGAAGCCAAAAGGAAAGGAAGACGACAGCGACGUAGAGAUUAUAGAGGAUGGUGUAAUGGAUGUCGAUGUGGAUCAGGCCGAUGGGGGUGAUUUGAUAACCUGCUCGUUUAGUAAAAGUAAAGAAAAUAACUCCCGAAGUAGAGAGCUGAACAAUUCAACAGGGAACUGUGAAGAGGAUAUGGAGGUAGAAAAAAGGGACUCAAGGGAUUUUACACCUGCUUUGGAUAGUAUAUCUAAGCAGGUCGUGUCAUUGUUGUCCGUCAGAUCUCUGUCUCCGCUCCGCAUUCUAACACCUCCACAUUCUAUCCCAAGUGACGAGGAAAUUGAUGAACCCUUAAGUCCUGCAGAUGUCAUAUCGGUAGUCGAUGAGUGGAUGGAAAGCAGAAGGAUAAGCGGAUGUCUGCAGUCUGAUUUCUUGGAGAUUGAGGAUGUGGAUAUAUCAAAGGAUGUCAAUCUGCUAAUAGCACAGACACAGGAAAUGCAAAAGCCCAUGGUCAUACUAGACUCCGAUGAAGAGAAUGCUCAGAGUCCAAUUCCCAGUUGCUCAAAGAUGCCUGAUGGGAUUACAGAGGAAAAUGCAAAUACUACACCAGAAAAGGCUGGUGAAAGUGUAGCAGAAGAAGUGUCACCAAUUUUACCUUCAAGUUAUAGGAAACUUGUUAGACCCAAUUUGAAUCUUUAUUCGUCGACACCAAAACUAAAUGCAAAACGUCUGUUCAAAGUCACAACUCCAAACCUAACUAGAAUAGAACAAGAGUGUUCAUUGUCUAGUGAAGCUGAGAACAAAGAACUAUUACCAGGACAGAGAAGUACAACCAAAAGUAUUUUGCAGAAUAAAAAAUCUGAUGAAACGAUUAAUCCAAUAGCCUCGGUUGUUACAGAACCUACAGUAUUACUUAGUCAGAGAAGCAAAGUACGCUGCAGGCUCAGCAAAUUCUCUGCACUAGAUAAUUUGAAGUCAGACAGUGAAAAUGUAUCAACAGACAGUGCCCAAGCGCAGGUUUUGUUUAAUCAGGAUGGAUCCAGUUCUGACAAAAGUAUGAAAAGCAUUUUCUCAAGAUCCAUAGAGGACUCAGAAAUUCCACACGCAUCCCACCAAGAUAGAACAAUCGAAAUUGAUGAAAGUGUCAAAAUAAUUGAAAAAUACAAAGCCAGUGAUAGUGUCAAAAUUGAUGCAAACCUUAAGGAAAGCAAUAGCAGUAAAUGUAAUGAGAGUUUUCCAGCAAAUUGUGAAGACAAAUUAGUUUCUAAAGGUAGUCAGAAUGUAAACAGUGACAUGGAAGACAUAUCUGAAAAGCACAAAAUAUACAAUAUUACAGAGGAAACCAAAGAUGCCUCUUCCUCUACAGUAAAAGAUGUAUGUAGUGUUAACUUUGACCUUAGUUUUGAAGAUGAUUUGUUUGCUGACUUUGACAUGAAUGAAUUUGAAGGUCCCAAAGAUCAGAAAUUUGAAUGCACCACUCCUAAAGAUCCUUCAGUACCAAAGCAGACAAAGCAGUCUUCUGAACAGAAGGACAUAAAACCAUUUGAGAGAUCAAAGCAUAAUCUUCUAAGUGUUACACAAAUCAUUAACCUUGUUGAUGAGUCAAAUGAAGAAAGUGAUUUUGCUUCUAGUAAGAAUAUAUCUGAACUGGAAAAUGAUGAUGUUUUUAGGCAAGAAAGGCUCAGUUAUUCAUUUAAAACCCCAAAUAAGAAUGUAAUCCAAGAGAAAGUAGAAAAUAUAACAAGAGGCACUGAUGAAAAUAGUAAUAAAAAGGUACCGAAGAGGAGUCUCCUGGGCAGAAAUGGGAUGAGAAGUUCAGGUGAAAGCAGGAGACUUUCUUGUUCCAAGUCUGAACCUCUGCUGCAAGAAAAAGAUGCUAAUGAUGUAUUAAAUGAGCCCAACUUUACUUUAUGUGAUGACAUUCUACUUGAUAGGAAUAAAAACCGAAAAAAACUGCCAUCACUGAGUAAGACUUCAAGUCAGAGUGGAAGGAAUACUUCAUUCUUGACUGAAACAAGGAAAGCAUCACCUGUACAUCCCAUAACUAAGGAAAAUUUACCAUCAGAGAAUCCAGAUGCCAAGCCCACAGUAGCAGAGCCCAACUUUUCUUUGCUUGAUGAUGUUGACUUUGACAACAAUGAUUGGCCAGAAGAAAUAGAAGAAGCAGAGGAAAAGUCUAAGAGUUUGGAUAACUGGGACUUGUUGGGGAGUGGAGAUUUUGAGCCCAUGUCCGAGUCGCUGCUGGCUGAUAUUGAGCUGAAUAAGAAGAUGGCCAAGGAAGAGAAAAAGAAGAAAAAGGAAGUGAGUUUUUCUCUCCACAUUGAUGAUAAAUCUAAGGACUCUCCAAUCAUAAUUGUUUCAGACGACGAAUCACCUGUUUCCAAAAAGAGAGAAUCAGCCAAGCUUAACACAAGUUUGCUGGCGGGAACUCAGGAGGCAACGCAGGUGUGGAGAAGACAAAAGAGAAGACUGGGUCAGGUUGUGGACUCGGAUAGUGAGGACGACCUGAUGAAUGGUGGAAAUUCAGAAGGAGAAAGUCCCCGUGUAAGAAAGGCAAUGACUAGCUCGAGCUCAGCCAGUACAGAUUCAGAGCGAAAGAGCUGGAAGGGUAAAAGUCUGAAAAACAACAACCGAGACUCCACAGUUUCUAUAGAGGAUGACGAUUUUGAAGGUGAAGUGUCAGUUCUACGUCCAGGGCCUAAGUACAUUAAUCAGGCUGAAAAGAAAAUCAAAAGACCUGAUAAACUGAGAAACAACUUUAUUCAUAAUGAAGCAGAAUUAUCCGAAGAUGGAGAAGGGGUGUCCAGUGACGAGUCAGAGGGAGAACAUCUCGACAAAUAUGACGAGAGUUUUGUCGAUGAUUGCACACAGCUCUCCCAAGAUGCAGCAGUAGACAUGAGGGCUGUCUACCUGCAGUCGGUUGUCAGUCCAAAAUUAGCUAAUCGCCUGACUCACCGUUCACAUCGUGCGCCUGUUGUUCUCUCUGACACAGAUGAACAGAGUGAUGAUUCUGAAGAGGAGGAAGAAGACAGCUUUGUGGUGGAUAACAACUUUGUGGAGUAUGACACGGAGUACAUGGGAGACACUAUGCUAGCUGAAGAUUCAAUCAUGAUUAAGGCAAUGCAUGAUCAUGCAAAUGCUAAGAAGAGGCAGAAAGAGGCAGACAAAGGGAAGCACAAAAGAAAGAGAAUAAUUUUGAACAAUUCAUCAAGUGAUGAGGACAACACAGCACAGCACAAAAAAAUGAAAAAUAUCGAUGGUAGCACAUUUAAUGCCAAGAAGAACAAUAAUAUGAACCAUAGUUUCUCAAGAAAAGGAACUGAUCACUCUGGAAAUUUAUCUGAACCAAAUAUGGGAAACUUCAAAGCAGUGGGAAUAGGAAAUCACAAUAAACUGAAAUCAGGGAAAGGAAACUCAAAAUUACGUAGAGGUUUAGCAUCAAACAUUGAAGAUGCAUCAGCAGAGAGGACAGAGAUUGCACCCUCUUUCAAGCCAAGCAGAGAAAGCAUAAUGCAGGAUUCCUCGCCUGAUGAUGACUUUAAGCAAAUAAGUCGAGUGCAAGUACCCCUUAAGGACCGAGUCAUGGGGAAAAUAAAAGAGGCGGAAAAUGUCAACAGACAGACAAAGGGCACGCAGAGAGUCAAGGAUAACAGUGCCAGUAAGAUGGAAGACCCUGUAGGUGUAUCGUUUAACUUGGGCUCUGAGGGCUUUGAUUUUGAAUUAGAAGAAGAGAUGUUAGCAAAACAAGAGAGUAAAGAAUUCGCAGUGUCAGUAAAACCCAGCAAAAUUUCAUCUUCGUCAUCAUCAAUACGAAAUGAACAGGAGGCCGGGAGCUCAUAUAACUCGGCAAGAAUACGAGGCUCCUCCUCUUCAAAGGAAAUUGCUCAACCCUCGACAUCUCGAAGUCUUUUGAAAAACUCAGAAGACGCAAACAGAUCUGACGUGACAAAAACUUUGGGACAGGGAAGCUCAUCAAACACAGUAAGAAUGCACGGUUCUUCAUCUUCAUCAGCAUCUGGCAGUCACUCGAAAAACUCAGAAGCCAAGUCCAAAGAAGAAAACAGAUCUAUUGGAACAAAUGCUUCAGCGAGUGUACCACCCCUCCUUCUGGUGGACUCUCAGGAAAUUAGUAUUGCAGGCGGUAUUGCAUCCAAACUAAGACUGCAUAAGGAAGUUAAUAUAUCAGUGGUCCAGCUAGCACACGCUCACUAUGUUACAUCAACGAGAAUGGGAGUCACCAGAUUGUUGUAUUCAGCGUUUACCAACUCUAAGCAGAGAGCGAAGUUAAUACAGAGGGUGCAAGGCAUGUUAGACAUCUACGAACGUUCUGUGCUCAUUAUAGAAUCAGACCGUAUAAAGCCUGGGGAAUCUCCUCACAGCGCACACAGCACUCGCUCAAAAUACGUGGACACCAUAACGUGUGCUUGUACUCAUGUCCAGCGCUUCAAAGUCUUGUAUUCCAGAAAUCAAGAGGACACUUCCAAAAUGGUGUGGCAGCUUGUAGAACAAGAGAGGGAAAAGGGUUUUAGUAUUUUUGUGAUCCCAACUUUCUUAAUUCAGCAUCAGAAGAUUCUGAAUUUUUUCAAAUCCUUGCCACGCAUCAGCUAUCCAUCAGCCAUCUAUUUGGCAUACAACUUCAAAACUAUUGUUGACUUUAUUAACAGUUCUGUUGCAGCUAUCCAGGAGAAAGGGUGCAUGACGUAUGAAAAGGCCACAGAGAUAAAGCAAUACCUUUAUCGCAAAUUUAGACCAGACAUGCUACCUCCAUCCUGAUGCAUCCAUAUAGUCUAUAGUGUUGAACUACAUAACUUUUUUAAAUUUACUCUAUUUAAUGAAUUUUAGGUGGCCGAUUAUAUGUUUUAUUUGCAGUUGGGGUAUGAUUGUUGCAUGUUAUUUUUGUACUUGUAAUAUAUAUAUAUAUGUGCCUAUUUUUUUUUGGCAUAUUCAGCAACAAGAAUAGAAAAAUGUCACAAAGUCUGUGAGAACAAUGUAUAUAUGUAUGCUGUAUAGUUAUUUUCUUGUAAGCAGUAAUUUAAUAUUUUUUUAAAAAUAUGUAAAUAUACAAAAAUAUCUGUGAUACUUAUGUUAAAUAAAAAAUAAAAUGAGAACUGAAA